GCCUUUGCCACCUAGGACUCACCACCACACCUGCUUCUGUCUCGAUGAGUGCACAGUAUGGGCGACAACCUGCCAUACCGCCCAAAGGGUGAUUCGGACGAGGCUGGGAGGAAUGACGACUUGGAUGAUGAGGAAGAGGAGAUCGACGAAACUGGCUACAAGACCGUUCGAGAUGCGGUCCUCUUUGCUAUCGAGGUCAACAAGUCCAUGCUAAGGGUGCCACAGCCAACAUCUGCUUCAAAGAAGUCCGACAAUAGUUCACCUCUUUUAGCCGCCCUCAAAUGCGCAUACCAUCUGAUGCAGCAGCGCAUCAUCUCGACCCCAAAGGAUCUCAUGGGAAUCUUGCUCUUUGGCACAGAAGCUUCCAAGUUCUACGAUGAGGAUGAAAAUUCAAAGGGUGGCUGGUCUUUCCCUCAUUGCUACCUGCUCACAGAUCUUGAUGUGCCCGAAGCAGACGAUGUCAAGGCUCUCAAAGAAUUGGUUGAAGCAGAAUCUCCAGAGUCAGCCGAGAUCUUCAAGCCCGCAAAGGAGCCUGUUUCCAUGCACAACGUUCUCUUCUGUGCGAACCAGAUCUUCCAGCAGAAGGCUGCCAAUUUCACCUCGCGCCGAUUGUUCAUCGUUACGGAUAACGACGAUCCUCAUUCAUCCAACAAGGAGUCGCGGUCUCAGGCUACUGUGAGAGCCAAAGAUCUGUACGACUUGGGUGUGACUAUCGAACUGUUCCCGAUCUCGACUGCAGACCACGCUUUUGAUACGAAACUCUUCUGGGACGACAUCGUCUACCGUUCAUCGCCUUCCGAUCCCGAUGCGAUCGUUCACAACCCGCCGUCCAUAGUGGACGCCGGUGGUUCGAAAUUGGUGAGCGGUGCUGGGGACGGCAUCUCCUUGUUGCAGUCAUUGCUAUCCACCAUAGCCUCCAAAGUUGCACCAAAACGGGCGCUUUUCUCUUCUGUGCCUCUGGAAUUAGCACCAGACUUCAAGAUUUCUGUGAAAGGGUACUUGCUCUACAAGCAUCAGAAGCCUGCUCGCAGUAGCUAUAUUUACCUCGGAUCCGAAAGACCCCAGAUUGUCACUGGCUAUACAGAGCAAGUCGCAGAGGUUGAAUCUGAUCGCCGACCCGUAGAGAAGGCCGAGAUCCGCAAAGCCUACACCUUUGGAGGAGAGAAAGUUACCUUUUCUGAUGAAGAAGUCAAGAAAUUGCGCAACUUUGGUCCGCCGGUGAUACGAGUGAUUGGGUUCAAACCGAUGUCCAAAUUGCCAAUGUGGGCGAAUAUCAAGAACUCAACCUUCCUCUACCCAUCGGAAGAAGAUUUCGUUGGCAGCACGCGCGUAUACAGCGCACUGCACCGCAAACUGACCAAGGAUCAGUUAUUCGGUCUGACAUGGUUUGUUCCAAGGAAAAAUGCCGCUCCAGUGAUGGCUGCUAUGGUUCCAACACUUACCGCCGAGGGCAGCGAUGACAAGCCCAAUGCUGCAGGUGUAUCUGCGACCGGCGCACCGCAGGGCUUGCACUUGAUCCCCCUGCCGUUUGCAGACGAUAUCCGACAGAAUCCACCUAGCACUCAUGAGGUCCCGUUACGUGCACCGGAUGAGCUCGUUGAUGCGAUGAGGCCCAUCAUCCAGCAACUAAACCUUCCCAAGGGCAUAUAUGACCCUUCAAAGUAUCCCAAUCCAAGCUUGCAAUGGCAUUAUCGAAUCCUUCAAGCCCUAGCCCUCGAUGACGAGAUUCCAGAACAGCCAGAAGACAGGACGAUACCGAAAUUCCGCCAGAUAGACAAACGAGUAGGAAGUGAGACCAUAGAAUGGGGCAAAGUGUUGGAGAAGGCCUACAAGCAGUAUCAAGCGGAAAACCCAGACGCGGUGCCUACAGGGUCGAAGAGAGCUACCACGAAUGGAGCAGCAGGGUCAUCAAGCGCAGCAACCAAGAAGGUCAAGACAGACGCAGCGGGUGGCACGAAUGAAGAGGAGAUCCGGAAGCUUUGGCAGAAGGGCCAACUGGCAAAACUGACAGUUGCCGAGCUCAAGGAUUUCUGUGCGACAAAGAAGAUUCCUGUUGCAGGAAAGAAGGCAGAUAUUGUGGAGAGGAUCGAGGAAUGGCUUGAAAACAAGUGAUUCACCAACAAAUUGGCAGUGCUGUCAAGUCCAUCAAACGAUGUAGUACCACCCAAACAAAUUUAUUGUAACUGACGUUGUCGCAUCAUCAAAAUGGAUAAGGGUUCGUGUGGUUGAUGUGUGGUCAAUCAUUGCAAUCCCAGUCACAAUCUCAAAGAGCGAGACUGGCACUGCACCCAAGAUCGACUACAGGUGAAUUGAUCUCCAUUCCAA